AUGAAUGAUAAUCAAAUUAGAGCAGAAGGUAGAAGGUUAUUUAAACGCUUCUAUAACAUUCCUGAUGGUGUUAAUCCUAAAACUCGUAGAAGUUAUUUAAAUGAAGCAAUAGAUUCAUAUGAAGGAUUUGACAUUUCAUCAGAAAGUGAGAGAUUAGCGAGAAUGUUAAAUGUUAAUAUUGAUUUCUAUUAUUGUGACCCUCAACCAGAAGACGUGGACAUAAAUAAGGUAGACUUUCCAUUAGUGGAUUCAAUAAUGAUAGAUCCAGAAUUUGAAACAGUAAAUAUUUUAUUAACACAGAGUCCAUGUGGAAAACUUCACGCUGACAGAAUAACAGACGUUGAAGCACUCACCGGCUAUAGAGUUUGUCCAUAUUGUAAAGAAGAAGUUUAUUCUAUCCGUGAUGAUCCAGAAAGGAAAAACCAAAGAAGAUUUUUAAAGCAUUGUGAGAAAUGUAAAGAAAAUAAUGGAAGAUUAAUUCAAGACGUUCAAUUGCAAAAGACACAGCAACCAUAUGCACCACAUAUUACGAAACAGAAGAUAUAUCAGUGGUUAUUAGCUCAUAAUUUGCAGGAAUAUUAUCAACCGACAAGAUAUUAUAUUACUUUUGACUUCGAAACAUUAGAGACUAAAGA